AUGGCUAUUUCCAAGAUUCACGCUAGAUCCGUUUACGACUCUCGUGGUAACCCAACCGUUGAGGUCGAAAUGACCACCGGUAAGGGUAUGUUCAGAUCCAUCGUUCCUUCUGGUGCCUCUACUGGUGUCCACGAAGCCAACGAAAUGCGUGAUAACGACAAGUCCAAGUGGAUGGGUAAGGGUGUCUUGAAGGCCGUUGCCAACGUCAACAACGUCAUCGCCCCAGCUUUGAUCAAGGCCAACCUUGACGUCACUGACCAAGCCGCUGUCGACGAAUUGUUGUUGUCUCUAGACGGUACCGCCAACAAGACCAAGCUAGGUGCUAACGCCAUCUUGGGUGUCUCCAUGGCCGCUGCCAACGCCGCCGCCGCCGAGAAGAACGUCCCAUUGUACCAACAUUUGGUCGACAUCUCUGGUGCCAAGUCCUCCCCAUACGUUUUGCCAGUUCCUUUCUUGAACGUGUUGAACGGUGGUUCCCACGCCGGUGGUGCUUUGGCCUUGCAAGAGUUCAUGAUCGCCCCAACUGGUGCUGAGACCUUCUCCGAAGCCUUGAGAAUGGGUUCCGAAGUUUACCACAACUUGAAGUCUUUGACCAAGAAGAGAUACGGUGCCUCCGCCGGUAACGUCGGUGACGAAGGUGGUGUUGCUCCAAACAUCCAAACUGCUGACGAAGCUCUUGACUUGAUUGUCGACGCCAUCAAGGCCGCCGGUUACGAAGGUAAGGUCCAGAUCGCUUUGGACUGUGCCUCCUCCGAGUUCUACAAGGACGGUAAGUACGAUCUAGACUUCAAGAACCCAGACUCCGACAAAUCCAAGUGGUUGUCUGGUUCCCAAUUGGCCGACUUGUACACCUCCCUUGUCAAGAAGUACCCAAUUGUCUCCAUCGAGGAUCCUUUUGCCGAGGAUGACUGGGAAGCUUGGACCCACUACUACAAGAACGCCGGUGUCCAAAUUGUCGCCGAUGACUUGACUGUUACCAACCCUCUAAGAAUCAAGACCGCUAUCGAGAAGAAGUGUGCUGACGCUUUGUUGUUGAAGGUCAACCAAAUCGGUACUUUGACCGAAUCCAUCAAGGCCGCCAACGACUCUUUCGCCGCCGGCUGGGGUGUCAUGGUCUCCCACAGAUCUGGUGAGACUGAGGACACUUUCAUCGCUGACUUGGUUGUCGGUUUGAGAACUGGUCAAAUCAAGACUGGUGCUCCAGCCAGAGGUGAAAGAUUGGCCAAGUUGAACCAAUUGUUGAGAAUCGAAGAACAAUUGGGCUCCAAGGCUGUCUUCGCUGGUAAGAACUUCCACAACGGUCAAAAAUUGUAA